UUUUUUUGUCUUUUGUAUCACAUAUAUAAUAUUCACUCGUCAUGUUCUCUCAAUGUAUACGACAACACAUCCGUGGUUAUGCUACCAAAAGUAAAACCACCAAUAUGAAAAUGACAGCACGAGUUCCCUUGGAACAAACCUCACUUCCUAGUGGUAAUCUGUUCAUCAGUAGGCAGUUACCUGUUCCUCUCCAGACACAAGCAAAUGCUCCACCUAUCCAUCGACCUUACGAACGUAAACCUGAACUCGACCAAAAGACCAUUGAUGAAAUUCGUCAACUUCGACAACAAGAUCCCGAAACAUGGACACGCAAGAAACUCGCCAACAAAUACAAUUGUUCUCCUUUGUUUAUCAGUAUGAUUGCUCCUACCUCCGUCAAACAACCUACUCCUCCUGUUACCAUGUCCUCCGAAAAGGGUUAUCGACGCCGAUUAAUCACGAAGAAUAGACAAAGAAGAAAGGAAUUAUGGUAGAUAGAAUUAUACUUAUUUGUUGACAAAUCCUUUCUUAUUAGUUUAGUUUGUAUUCUCUUUUUUUUUUUUUGUAUAUUCAUUAUCUAUCUUUAUUCAUCAAUAUAAUCCAAAAAGAGUUAAACAUUAUAGGCAUGUAGAUAGAUAGAAAAAGUUCUUUAUUAUACCGUUAUUUCAAAUAAACUAUUUACUAUUUUACACA